AUGUACAGGAAUAGCGAGAUGACAGCCCGCGCCGGAAGCGGUAAUAAUGGUGGUAAUCUAGAGGUUGGUGGGUGGAAACGCCAGGGUGUGGAAUACUACCUCUGGUUCUAUCUCAUCAAUCACCAUGACGAGGGAAGAGGAGGACUUGUUCCUGAUCCGGUGCUGCCGAUGACGUCGUGA